AUGCAGCUCUCCAAGUUCUUUCUCUGCUGCCUGGUUUUGGAGGCUCGCGGCGCUGAUCUUCUCUGCCAGGAGCUAGUCCCACUGGCAAGCGCAGACGCCGAGCCUCAAGCUCCGCGGGAUGUCAGUCCGGGCUAUGUUGGCGAGAGGAUCACGAGGUACGAGCCCUACGGCUCCGACCAGAUCGACAGGUUCGAGCAGGUGAACAUCCACUGGCAUCUGGGGGCCGAGCACCGCAUGGCGGACGCGUAUGAUAGGCGGCCUCCGGAGUGGGCGAGCUACGUUACGGUGUUGGAUGAGAACAACGUUUCGCAGCCGGUCGUCCCCGGCUUGUGGUGUCCCACAGACGGUAUUGACGACACCAAGCUGGACGAAUCCUCCUUCAACUUCACUUACUGCAAAGCUGCACAAGUCGGACCGGGCCGACUGCAGGAGGAUGGUGACGAGGGGCAGCUGGGCAUCACGGCCGGCUUGGGCGGCACGGUGAUUGCGAAGUGUGCAACCCUGUCGCGCAUAUCGCAGAUGCAGCGUGUGGAGGUCUGCCUCAUCGUCAACGACCCUUCCCUGGACCGCCAGCAUGCCAACGAUUACGUGGACGCCAAAAACCGGACGUUCCUGGAACAGUGGCAGCAACCUCCGGCCGGCUCAGCUGUGCGGUACGUGGGCUCCACCACUGGCACCGCUUACGACGACGAGGUCUGCUCGCCUGUGGAGGUGAACUGGCACGUGGACCAAAGGUGCUGCAUCUUGUCGGCCCAGGCCAUGGACAACCUCUGCAAGGACAUGAUAGAUGCUGGGCUGGAAGCCGACGUCUCCCCGAAGGGCUCGCGCCGGCCUGUGGAUCGGCGCUGGGUCUCGGAUGUGACCUUCCCGCUGGUCCCACAGGGUGCCGGCAUCGUGCAGCAGGGCUAA